CCAUUUGCAGGAUGCGAAAUCGUCGUUUCAAUGAAACAUUUAUUCGACGAGCUAUAAUCUGUUCACUGGCAAUUUUUCUUGUAUCCGCCAUACAGAUGGUUCGUUUAAGUUCAGAAGAACAAGAACAGGUGCAAAAACAACUGAUAUCACUUCAACAACAACAAACUAUAAAUUUUCAACAACGAAAAUUAUUGGUAAUGAAACGAAGCGAAUUGUGAUAGAUUCGAACGAUGCAGGCCAAUUCCCACCGGAUCAGUUUACUCUCGAACAGCGACGUCAUGGCGCAAUAAUCCUACACAUCAUUGGUUUGAUUUACAUGUUCAUUGCGUUAGCCAUUGUUUGCGAUGAAUUCUUCGUACCAUCAUUGGGUGUUAUCACUGAUAAGUUGGCAAUCAGUGAUGAUGUUGCAGGCGCAACAUUUAUGGCUGCCGGAGGUUCCGCACCGGAAUUUUUUACAUCCGUAAUUGGUGUCUUUAUUGCCGAGAAUAAUGUUGGCAUUGGUACCAUUGUUGGUAGUGCUACUUUCAACAUACUCUGUGUCCUCUCAUGUUGUGCGAUAUUCUCUUAUAGUGUUUUGCAUUUAACCUGGUGGCCUUUGUUCAGAGACGUAGCAUUUUAUGUGGUGGCAUUAUUCAUGCUGGUUAUUUUCUUCCUGGAUGAACAGAUCUUUUGGUUCGAAGCAUUUGGCUUAUUUUUCAUCUAUUUAUUGUAUUGUACAUUUAUGAAAUAUAACGAAACUAUCGAGAAUUUUGUCAAAUAUUGCUGUUCGGGUAAGAAAUCAGGCGAAGAAGGAGGAGGAGAAGGUGACAAAAAAGAUAAUACGGCAAGAUAUGACGUUGAUGGUACUACUACUGUACCACGAACACAAUCGAUGCAACACGGUCGAGCGGCAUUCGAUGAUCAGCAACAACAACAACAACAACAACAACAACACAUUCCGACUUAUGUGAGAUCUAAUAGAUCCAACUCAUGCACUCGACCGUAUGACAUGUCCACACGUCGUCAAUCUUUCCCAAUUUUGCAUAGUGGCGCAAUUUUCCGCAAUGGUAUUAUCCAGCUUCUAUCCCAAGGUCUUGACCCAUUGCAAGAAGGCACCAGUGAAGGCUCACUUGCACAAAAUGAAAAUAAUAGUACAGGGCCAACACAAAUUACUCUUGAUGAAAUUGUUCGUGACUGGCAAUAUCAUCCAAAUAAUCAAAAGACUAAUGCAACAUAUGAAAUGGAACGUAUAGAUUCAGAAAUGGGUCCACGAAGUACAAUGACAAGUAAACGUACCUCAAUAUGUCCCAAUACAGCUUGCGUAUCGGAAAUUAAAGAAAUGCUUGAAGAAGAUGAAGAGAAGCCACUAGAUAUGUCAUGGCCUGAGAAAUUACAUCGUCAGCUUCUUUAUCUAGUCCUAUCACCAAUUUUAUUCCCAUUAUGGGUGACACUUCCUGAUGUCAGGAAGCAGAAUGCCCGCAAAUGGUUCCCAAUAACAUUCAUUGGUUCCAUUUUUUGGAUUGCAUUUUAUUCAUAUAUAAUGGUUUGGAUGGCUAAUACUAUUGGAGAAACGAUUGCUAUGCCCACAGAGGUAAUCGGGUUGACAAUAUUGGCCGCUGGAACAAGCAUACCUGAUUUAAUCACCAGUGUUAUUGUGGCAAGGAAAGGCCUUGGUGACAUGGCUGUGUCCAGUUCCGUCGGUAGCAAUAUUUUUGACGUAUGCGUUGGGUUACCAAUUCCUUGGUUAUUAUUUUUCAUCGUUGAACCUCUUCGUAAUCCUGGUACUACCCAGAAUCACAUUUCAGUUUCCAGCAAUGGCUUGAUAUGUAGUGUUGGGAUGCUUUUCAUCAUGCUUAUCGUACUUGUCGCAUCAGUUGCUUUGUCACAUUGGAAAAUGAAUAAAGUAUUUGGAAUUAUUAUGAUUAUAUCAUAUAUUGCAUUUUGCAUCUUUGCUGUUGCCCUUGAGAUGGGUCAUUUUACAUGUCCACUUAAAAUAUGUUAA